CGACCGGCGGUGGGCACCCACCGCACCGGGCACGGCAGGGCAGGGCAGGGAGGGCCCGGCGGGCGGCAUGAGCGCUGGCGGGGAGGCGGCAGGUGAGGGGCGCGGGGCCGCUGCUCCCGGAGCACCGUUCCCCAGCGGCGGGCCGCGCUCGGCGGGGAGCAGCCCCGUGCCCAGCCCCGGAUCCCCGGUGUCCGAGGAGCCAUUGCAGAAACGACAGAGAACCGUGGAGGAUUUCAACCAGUUCUGCACCUUCGUUUUGGCCUAUGCAGGCUACAUCCCCUACCCUGAAGAGAAUGAACCUUGGACCCAUGGAGGCAGCAUGAGUCCCCAGAACAGCACAGGGAGCACUCAGGACAGUGAUAGCUGGGCCUCAUCCCACUCCUCUGACUGCCAUGUCCUGACGGAUGAUGGGAGGAGCAGGAACAGCAUGGCCAGGGGGGCUGUGGAGAGCAGCUUGCUCAUGAGCUGCCCAGCCUUUCCCACCAGCUUCUAUGACGUCCGGCCCCAGCAAACCAAACGGAAAAAGCCACCAGCAAAGAAACUCAUUUUGGAGCCAGAGGUGAAGAGCGUGCUGCUGAGCACUGGGAAGGGCUUUGGGUCAGAGCAGGACGGGGUGAAGGAGCUGCCUGCGCCAGAGGGACAGGUGCUUCCUGUGAAAGAGCAGCUCCAGGAGCCUUCCCUCAACCCAGCUGGGGACCCCCAGCCCAACUCCCUCCUGGAGGAACUGAUGAAGGAGGAGAAGGACUGGAUGCAUAGAGAGCAGGGGACCAAGAAGCUAGCAGGAGAUGAUCCUCAGCUAAAGGAGCACAACCCCUGCUCUAGAGGGAGGAAAAGCCCCAGUUCUUGUAGUACCUUGGACCAAAGCGAAGGAGAAGAUGCAAGCAGAGGGAGUUCCCAGCUUAGUGUUGAAUUCACAGCAGCACCCAACACCAAAGCGGAAGACGAUGAUGCCUGGGAUCUGAUCACCUGCUUCUGCCUGAAGCCCUUCGCAGGGAGGCCCAUGAUUGAAUGUAAUGAGUGUGCGACCUGGAUCCACCUCUCCUGUGCCAAGAUCCGCAAGUCCAACGUGCCUGAGGUUUUCAUCUGCCAGCGGUGCCGCGAUGCCAAGCAGGAGAUUCGCCGCUCUAACCGAGCUCGAACAGUGCCCCGCAAGCGCUUCUGUGACUGAAGCUCCUCCACAGCAGGGAAGGUGGGGGUCCCCUUUUCUCAACUGCAGACUGUAGCCUGGUUUGGCUAGACAAUCAAUGCACAGUAAUGGCAGUGGAGGGGCCGGGCCGGGGGCUGGACUGUCCCCCUUGCACUUCCUGGAAGCUGCCAUGCAUGUCCUCCCUGAGGAUUGUGUUGGCCGCAGAGGUCGGUUACCCCAGAGGUGUUGGGGGGAGAGCAGGGUGGCCCAGCCACGCACUAGGUCAUUCAGAAACAUCUCUGUCUUUGCACGAGGCUGUCCCAGUGCCUUUACCCCAGGACAGCCAAGGAGAACCUAGUCCAAGCAGUUUUUCUGUGGUGUGGUGGAAGCUUACACUUAGCCUAAGAUGUGACGCCCCUUCCUCCUUUUUCAUCACCGUUUCCCUUGAACCUUCAGGUGGGCUGCAAUGGCAAAGCCCCAGUGACCCAAGUUCUCCAGCAAGUAGGUGCAGCCCAGGCAGGGCUACAGCUUCUUGCUACACUACAUCAAGGGCUACACUGCAUUAAGGGAUGUAGUGUGCUGCUCUCCAGGCUAGGCAGGGAAGGGACAUUGGUCUUGUUGAUGCCUGAAGCAGACUGGGGCUCUUGCAUUUUAGGGGCAUUGGUGGAGCCAUCUAUCUCUGGCUCAUCCGCGCUGUAGGCUGCACAGGGGAGGUCCAUCCUGUGGCGCUCCUGGUUUUGUUUGCUGUCCCGGUAGCCCCAGGAUAGCCCUGAUGGGUCAGGAUUAGCAAAGGCAUCCCCUAGUAGAUGACUGCAAAGGCUGUUCUUGCUGAGCAGCCCUCCUUGGUUCAUGUUCUCCAGCUUCACUGAGGUCUCCUGUGUGAAGAGGGGUGAGAUUCAUUGUAGGAGAUUGAAGUUAUCCUCAGAGCUGGCUGUGGCAGGGCUGGCAGCCCUUCAGAAAGGGAUCAGAAGAAUGCUCUGGUUAGCUUUCCAUGUUUUCCACACCCAGUUUAAAACAACUGGAGCUCGUACCCUGAGGCCGGCUCCUACCUGCAGGGCUGCCUGGUGGAGCAUGUGCUUCAACACCAGCUGGACGCUGAGACCUGAGCUUGGAUGGAGCCAGGAGCUGGGAUGCUUUUGCUUCCCAGCACUCACUCCAUCACUAAGGUUGUUGGGUUUGUUUUUUUUUUUGUCCUGAACAUGUAGAUUUAAACUUUAUGACUUGUCAAGAGUGGGCCCUGAGCCCCUUCUGCUAUGCAACUGCUGCUCCAGAGACAUGGGAAGUGCCCUCUCCAGCCCCCUGGUGAAGUUCAGCAGUGGAAGGCUUUACCCCUUCUGUGUUCCCUGUGCGCAGUGUCUGUGUGUGAUCUCGUGGGGCCCCAUGUGCACUUGGAUCCCACCUCCUCCUCACAGCCCCUCCAAAAAGCCUGGCCCACGUGCCUUCUGCACUUUCCCUGGGGGACACAGCCUCUGCUCCUGGCCUGGUGAUGCUCAGCUUGGCCCCCCGUGCGCUGCUGACUGAAGCAGGAGUGGGACGGCCCCCAUGACUGUAUUUCUUAACUAGGUUCUUUUCUACUUGCACAUCUGGUUACAGUGGGACCACAGCUCGGGGGAGAGUGUGGGGCAGCCCCUGUCACUCAGCCCCCAGGCUCAUCCCUGUGCCUCUCCUCCUAUGGAAAGCCUGGGCCCCAAAAGUGCUUUAUGUUUUUAUAGUUUCUUUGUAUUGAUAUGUAAAAUAGUGAAUUCUGGUCCUUGCCCUGUGGAGUGUGGCUAGAGUCUUAUGUAUAUAAUAAAGUACUUUUGCCAUAA